AUGCAAAAGAUGGCAACAGCUCCGGUGGGGGUGAGCGGCAUCGUCGCACGAGCGCUGACGCUGGUGGAGAAGGUGCAGGGAGCCGGCCAGCACAAGGUCGAUGCCUCCCACGAUUCCUUUCACGUCCUCCGCGUUCUUGCCACCGCUCGUCGACUUGCCGACGAGGAGAGACGACGCGGCGUAGCGGUCGACGAGACGGUGGUGGACUUGGCUGCUGUCCUACACGACGUCGACGAUUGGAAGUACCGCGCGCCCACUGAUGACCCCUCCCUGUCGCACGCCCAACAAUUCCUUGAGGGCGAAAAGGAAGUAACGGAGGAGAUGCGGCACGCGGUGCUCGAGGUAAUCCGGAACAUGGGCUUCAAGGAGCAGCUGUCCAGCAGCGGCCAGCGCGAUCACGCCGUGCCUCUUCGGCCAGAGUUGGCCAUCGUACAGGAUGCAGACCGCUUGGACGCGAUCGGUGCCAUUGGAGUUGCGCGCACCUUCACCUUCUCAGGCGCGAAGCGACCGGGUACGCCGUUGUACGACCCUUCGUGCCCUCCGCGUACCACAAUGACCAAGGAAGAAUACGUGUCCAACCCAAACGGCUCAGCCAUCAAUCACUUCCAUGAGAAGCUGUUGAAGCUGAAGGACAUGAUGAACACCGAGACCGGAAAGCGCAUGGCCGAGAAACGGCAUGCAUUCAUGCUCCAGUUCCUGGACCAGUUCAACGAUGAGUGGAAUGGCGACUCUUGA